UUGUUGCUCUGGCAGGGGUCCGCGGCAAGCAAAGUCCUCUCAGACAGAGUUACCCGAGCGGGCUUAGGUGUCAGGGAGAUGGCGGAUUCGGGUCAAGCGGUGAUCCGGAGGAAGCGGCCUGCCCAGCGUGUGCAGAGUGUGAACCAGGUGGCAGAGGAGCCCGAGAUACCACGGGGGGAGCCCGACAUAAGCUGCCACAAGCUCCAGGAGUCUCUGCUCAGCUCUGCCAGCGGUUACAGUAACUACCGCGGGAUCCUGAACUGGUGCGUGGUGAUGUUGGUUCUCAGUAAUUGUCGGCUCUUCCUGGAGAACCUUAUCAAAUACGGGAUAUUAGUGGAUCCCAUCCAAGUCGUCUCUUUAUUCCUGAAGGACCCCUAUAGCUGGCCGUCUCUCUGCCUGGUUCUGGCGUCCAACGUGUUCAUUUUGGGGGCUUUGCACGUGGAAAGGCAUCUGGCGUUGGGUCGUCUGUCCGAGCGCCUGGGCUUCCUGCUGCACAGCCUCCUCCUCCUCGCCAUCCUCUGCUGCCCUGUGCUGGUGGUAUUCACCGUGCCGUCCAUCACUCCAGUGGGGGCCGUCUUCGCUCUGAGUAUUUACACCAUCCUGUUCCUCAAGCUGUAUUCCUAUAAGGAGGUGAAUCAGUGGUGCCGAGAGCGGCGGGCGAAGCGGAGCCGGAGUCUGGAGCGCUCCCUGUCCGCUCCGGCGAUGAAGAGUUCUAAUGGAGACGUGGGGAGGAGGGAGGUUUCGUACCCGGGGAAUCUGUCGCACAGAGAUAUGUAUUAUUUCGUGUUUGCCCCCACGCUCUGCUAUGAGCUCAAUUUCCCGCGCUCUCCUCGGAUCCGGAAGAGGUUCCUCCUGCGGCGUCUCUUUGAGAUGUUUUUUUUAAUGCAGCUCCUCGUCGGCCUCAUCCAGCAGUGGAUGGUGCCGGCCAUACAGAACUCCAUGAAGCCGUUCCGGGACAUGGAUUACUCCAGAAUCAUCGAGCGUCUCCUUAAACUAGCAGUUCCGAACCACCUCAUCUGGCUCAUCUUCUUCUACUGGUUCUUCCACUCGUCCAUGAACUUCGUGGCCGAGCUCAUGCGCUUCGGAGACCGCGAGUUUUACCGGGACUGGUGGAACUCAGAGACAGUUACCUAUUUCUGGCAGAACUGGAACAUCCCCGUCCACAAAUGGUGCCUGAGGCACUUCUACAAACCGAUGCUGAGACGUGGAAUGUCCAAGUGGGGGGCGCAGACCGCCGUGUUCUUCGCCUCGGCUUUCUUCCAUGAGUACCUGGUGAGCGUCCCCCUGAAGAUGUUCCGGCUCUGGGCGUUCAUGGGCAUGAUGUCUCAGAUCCCCUUGGCCUGGUUUGUGGGGCGGUUCAUGAGAGGUAAUUACGGGAACGCGGCGGUGUGGAUUUCCCUGAUCAUCGGGCAGCCGGUGGCGGUUCUCAUGUAUGUUCACGAUUACUACAUUCUGAACCACGGAACGGGGGCAUGACCCCCCCUCCACGGAGUCUAACCCCCCCCCCCCCCGGGACCUGAUGGACGAUUAAACCGCCGGCUCUCCACCCUCCGCUGCCGGCUGUACAAAUCGAAGCCGGUGCCACACUCACCCGAGUGCCUUCUCAGGACGUACGGACUGCCCGGAACGAGUAUCGUCCUCUCUCCGCUUUCACCCCUCAUCGUAUCCCCGCCUCUCUGAGACACUACUCAGGGCCGGGGGCCGAGAUCGGACCGGUUUGUUAUCUGUCUGCCGAUCUUUAGCCGCCUUUUGUCCCUCCAUCUACCCCACGUGGGGCAGUCCGGUCCCGUCCGGGUAAUUUAUACGGUCCGUCCGCUGCUGCCGUCCCUCUUCUUGUUGACAUUUUUAUAAUCACCCCCCCCCCCUGGUGUGGAGCGUCCAUGUUUCUGAGUGUGGGGAAGAUGUCUCUCAGUUCGGGGGGGGACGUCUCGGUACGAUGAGAGGGGUCUCUGUCCCGAAUACUGUGAUUAAAGCUGUUUGUUUCCGUU